GUCACUGGGGGACGGAACAGCGCCGGAACACAGGGUUUACGCGGCUUUGUCAUGGCUUCUGCAGAGCAAAACCAGUCUGAGGUACCGACUCCAAAUGAUGCGCCACCACAGAAUGGCAUUCCACUGGUGCAGUUUUCUGAGAAACCAUCGCUGGAAGAAAUACGGUCGCAGAUGCAGGAGUUUGCCUCGGAGCGGGACUGGAACCAGUACCACACGCCACGUAACGUCCUGCUGGCACUGGUCGGCGAGGUGGGCGAGCUCUCGGAAAUAUUUCAGUGGCGCGGCGAGGUCCCCGCCGGCCUGCCCGGCUGGUCGACCGCCGACCGCACGCGGCUCGAACACGAGCUCUCGGACGUGCUACUCUACCUGGUGCGCCUGUCGAACGUCUGCGGCGUGGACCUGCCGGCCGCGGCCGCGCGCAAGAUGACGCACAACGCCGCCAAGUACCCAGCCGAGCGGGUGCGCGGCGACAGCCGGAAGUACGAUCAGUACGACGAGUACACCCGGGAACGGGAGACUCCAGACGGUGAGGAGAGCAGCUAACGACGGCUGGACGCCUAGACGCCGUGACCGCAGGUGGGGGACGCGGGAACUCAUUGGUAGGGAGCGGUGAAAGGGGUGGUCGGGGCAGAACAGCUAGAACUGCCCCGGCGUGAUGAUGGCGGAUGAAGUUGAAAGUUCGUGGCGGCUUCGGAGGCCGGCCAGAUUCCAUUGUUCCGUGAUUUGGGGGUCUGAGUGCGUGUUCGUUCCUACAAUACUUGAUAUUGGAUGUCGACGUUUUGAUUGGAGAGCUCUGAUGAUGCUUUGUCUCGUUUCUGGUGAUGUUGGCCAACAAGACCCCGCGUGAAAGUGAAUAAGACCAAGAUGCGUCAUUGCGAUCUAUCGCAUAAGGUCCUUGGCUUAAAGCGGUCGUCAUGACUGGCUCGUAGAAAAUUAACGAGUCCGUACUGUCACCGGCUCUGGGCUGAUCAUUGGCCAAGAGACCCGACCUGAGAGGCACUAGAUUUGGAACCGUAUGCGGCGAGGCUGCGUACCAAUGAUAUUAUGGGAAUGCUGCCGUUCAUUCUGAACUGUCUCAUAUUUGUGCUUCUUACGCGUCGGGUGAGGAGGGGAGCUUUUGAGCCCACCCUUUUCGGAUGUUCCAUGUCCUGUUGUCAUGGAACGAUAUAUCCAGACAUUGUUGUAAAUGUCGCCGGAGUUAUCCACUACUCGCGCUUUUGAUAAUUGCAUUUCAUACUUAUUCCUGUUCUCAGGGAACUAAGCUGCUCCAAAAUAUACAUGUGCAGUAA